UCAGAUCCGGCGGCGCACCCGGAAGUGGCGCGGGGCCGGUUGCCAUGGGGCGGCCCGGGAGGAGCGGAGCGGGGAUGGCUCAGGGAAGCUCGGACAUUCCCGGCCCCUCCGAGGUCACGGGCUGAGGCUGCAGCAGCUCCUGCCGCCGCCCCGAUCCCGCCAUGGGCAGGAUCAGCAUCUCCUGCCUGCUCCCGGCCUCGUGGCACUUCAGCCUGUCCCCCGGGGGCUGUCCCCGCGUCCUGAACGCGUCCCUGCGGCAGCUGCUGCUGCUCGGGGCCGCCGCCGCCGCGGGGACGCUGCUGCUCUGCGCCCUGCUGCUGCUGCGGGGAAAGCACGGCCGGGAGGGGAAAUUCCAGAGAUACCUGGCCAGGGCGACGGACACGGAAGCCACGGACACCGGGAACCCGAACCUGAGCUACGGGAUCGUGGUGGAUUGCGGCAGCAGCGGCUCCAGGGUGUUCGUGUACUGCUGGCCCCGGCACAACGGGAACCCCAAGGAUCUGCUGGACAUCCAGCAGAUGAGGGACAGCUCCAGGAAACCCGUGGUGAUGAAAAUCAAACCAGGGAUUUCGGAGUUCGCCGGCUCUCCCGACAAGGUCAGCGAUUACAUCCGGCCGCUGCUGAGCUUCGCCGCCGAGCACGUCCCGCGCCCCAAGCACAAGGAGACUCCUCUCUACAUCCUGUGCACUGCUGGCAUGAGGAUCCUGCCCGAGAGCCAGCAAAAAGCCAUCCUGGAGGAUCUGCUCACGGACAUCCCCGUGCACUUCGAUUUCCUCUUCUCUGACUCCCACGCCGAGGUGAUUUCUGGGAAGCAGGAAGGAGUCUAUGCGUGGAUUGGGAUCAACUUUGUCCUCGGAAGAUUCGAGCACACGGACGAUGAGGACGAGGCCGUGGUGGAGGUGCAGAUCCCGGGCAGCGAGCGCCGCGAUCCCAUUUUCCGCAAGAGAACCGUGGGCAUCCUGGACAUGGGCGGCGUCUCCACGCAGAUCGCCUACGAGGUUCCCCCGAGUGAGGAGGUGGCCAAGAGCCUGCUGGCGGAGUUCAACCUGGGCUGCGACGCGCACCAGACGCGGCACGAGUACCGCGUCUACGUGGCCACCUUCCUGGGCUUCGGCGGCAACGCGGCACGCGCGAGGUACGAGCAGAGCCUCCUCGCCAGCGGCCUCCUCAGGAACAGGCUGCUGGGCAGGCAGAGCGGGCUGAGCCCGGAGUUCCCGUUCCUGGACCCGUGCCUGCCGCGGGACGCGCGGGACGAGCUGCAGCACGCGGGGCUGACGCUGCACCUGCGCGGCACCGGCGACUUCCAGCGGUGCCGGGAGCUGCUGCAGCCGCUGCUGAACAGAACCAACGAGACCCGGAGCUCCCUGAACGGCGUCUUCCAGCCGCCCGUGCAGUUCCAGAGCAGCGAGUUCUACGGAUUCUCCGAGUUCUACUACUGCACCGAGGACGUGCUGAGGAUGGGCGGCGAGUACAGCGCGGCCAGGUUCGCCAGGGCGGCGCAGGAUUACUGUGCCACCAGGUGGUCGGUGCUGCGGGAGCGUUUCGAGCGCGGGCUCUACGCGCCGCACGCGGAUCUGCACCGGCUCAAGUUCCAGUGCUUUAAGUCCGCCUGGAUGUUCGAGGUUUUCCACCGGGGAUUUUCCUUCCCCGAGAGCUACGGGAGCCUGAGGACGGCGCUGCAGGUCUACGACAAGGAGGUGCAGUGGACCCUGGGCGCCAUCCUCUACAGGACCCGCUUCCUGCCCCUCAGUCGGAAGCGGGAUUUCCCCUCCCAGGCGUGCCCCUUGUCCCUGUGCUCUUCCCCAGGGACAUCCAGCAGGAGAAUUUCCGUGGGAUUCACUCCCGCUGGAGGAGCUUCUCCUUCGUGUACAACCAUUUCCUGUUCCUGGCCUGCUUCCUGGUGGUGCUGCUCUCCAUCCUGCUCUACCUGCUCCGCCUGCGCCGCAUCCACCGCCGGAUGUUCCACAGCUCCUCCUCCCCUUCCCUCUGGAUCCAGGAGGGGCUUCCCCCGCAGAAAAUCCCGGGAUAAAGACUCCAGGGUGGAUGGAGGGGCUCCAUCCAUGGAAAAUCCAUGGAUAAAGACUCCAGGAUGGAUGGAGGGGCUCCACACAUGGAAAAUCCCGGGGUAAAGACUCCAGGGUGGAUGGAGGGGAUCCCCCAGCAGAAAAUCCUUGGAUAAAGACUCCAGGAUGGAUGGAGGGGCUCCACACAUGGAAAAUCCCGGGAUAAAGACUCCAUGGUGGAUGGAGGGGAUCCCCCAGCAGAAAAUCCUUGGAUAAAGACUCCGGGAUGGAUGGAGGAGCUCAAUCCAUGGAAAAUCCUGGGAUAAAGACUCCAGGAUGGUUGGAGGGGCUCCACCCAUGGAAAAUCCUGGGAUAAAGAUUCCAGGGUGGAUGGAGGAUUCAUCCACACACACAAAACACAACAAACAAACAAACGAAAGCCAUUUUCGCCUCAGGGUUCCUCCUCUUUUUGCCCCUUGGAGAAGCAGAGUUGGGAAUUCCGGGCAGGUUUGGGAAUUCCAGGGAGACAGCAAUGGGGGGGUGGUGAGGGAAAAAUGCCAAAAAAAAAAGACUUUGCUGGGAAUGUUGCACUUGGGGGUGUGAAGGAGAGGAUGAGUUGAGUUCCCACCUUUGGGAGAGGCUGAAAUCCCGGGAUGAGCUCGGAUUUUCCUCCCGGAUUCCAGCGUUGCCGUCCCUGCUCUCGGCUUGGAGCCUCCAAGAACGGGAAAUUCCAAAAACAAACACAAACCAAAACCCUUUUAGGACAUUCGAUGUGAUCUUUUUAUUUAUUAUUAUUUUUUUCCCCCUCCCUUCUGGAAUCACUCCCGGGACGGAGAAGGAAAAUCCCUCGCAUCCAGCGCUGCGCUUCCAUUAAAAAAAAAAACAAACAAACAAACAACAAAAAACCAACAAAAAAAACUGCUUCCAUCCCUUCUGCUCCCUCCUUUUUCCUUGGAAGCUUCACCCUCCCGCGGUGGCACCGGGAUCGCUGCUUUCCAUCCCCGAUUUUCUGUGGAGACACCUCCCAGGAACUCCAGGAGCGCGAAGAGGAGCUGGAAAAGCGGAGCGGGAGGAGCGCGGGGUCUCUCCCGGCUCCUCUGGUAAUUUAUAUUUUAUUUAAAUCCGUGGAUUUUACUUGAAAGCCGAUUUGUCCGUGAUUAAAAAA